GCCCAACCAACCCUAACAAAAGCAACCUUCACGUUCGCGUUUAUAACUUUAUAUAAAAAGUAUAGAACUACUCUUCUCGUCUCACGUUGCCUCUCUCUCUCUCUCCUAUCUCUGCGAGCCCAGUGGAUCUCUCUCUCAAACAUCGAUCUAUGCAAUCGACGCUAAACGCUUCGAAUCCGAUCCUAUUUCUGACACAAAAACCGAAGGAAAAGCCGUUUGCUGUUGCUGCUGCUGCUGCUGUUGUUGUUGUCGUCGUCUCCUACACAUGAGCUGGUUUGACAAGCUGCGUUCUUCUUCCAAUCUCAGCCGCUUCAUUGCUGGCCUUCUCAUCUUCAUUCUCUAUCAUUCUUUUCAGUUAGUUUCCAAUUUCUUGAUUCCUAUACACCCUUUUAAUUAAAAUUUUACCAAUAUCUCAAACCAUUCAUUGCUUUCUCUCACCAAUUGUUUUUUCCCAACUCUCUUUUCUUUCCAAAUUCUUCUUCUUUUUCUUCCUUCUCUCUCUCUCUCUCUCUCUCUCUCUCUUGUUAAUGGACUCCAAGGAAUUGUUCUCCAACAAUCUGCUUGACGGCAAAAUUGUCCCCCAUGUUCAGAGGGAACAGGAUUCGCUACCGUCAGUUAUUGUCAUUGGUGGGGGUAUAUCAGGGGUUGCUGCUGCACGAACCCUCUAUGAUGCGUCAUUUAAGGUGAUCUUGCUGGAAUCAAGGGAUAGACUUGGUGGUCGUAUUCAUACUGACUACUCAUUUGGUUGUCCAGUAGAUCUGGGAGCAUCAUGGCUACAUGGUGUUUGCAAUGAGAAUCCAUUGGCUCCGCUGAUACGUGGUCUAGGGCUUACGUUAUAUCGCACAAGUGGUGACAACUCUGUGUUGUAUGACCAUGAUUUGGAAAGCUAUACACUCUAUGAUAUGGAUGGCCAUCAAGUUCCUCAACAGAUGGUCAUUGAAGUUGGAGAAACAUUUAAGAGGAUUCUAGAAGAGACAGGGAAAGUAAGAGAUGAACAUACUGAUGACUUGUCUGUUCUUCAAGCAAUUUCAAUUGUGUUGGAUAGGCUUCCAGAAUUAAGACAAGAAGGACUUGCCCAUGAAGUGUUGCAAUGGUACUUAUGUAGAUUGGAAGCUUGGUUUGCAGCAGAUGCUGAUAUGAUAUCCUUGCAAAGCUGGGAUCAGGAACAUGUUCUUUCUGGUGGUCAUGGGCUUAUGGUGCAAGGUUAUGACCCCAUAAUAAAGGCUCUUGCAAAAGAUAUUGAUAUACGGUUGAAUCACCGGGUUACAAAGAUAUCCAGCGGGUGUAAUAAGGUGAUGGUCACAGUUGAGGAUGGGACAAGUUUUGUUGCAGAUGCUGCUAUUUUAACAGUGCCCCUUGGGAUUCUCAAAGCCAAAUUUAUUGAGUUUGAGCCAAAAUUGCCCGAUUGGAAGGUUGCUGCAAUUUCAGAUCUUGGUGUGGGAAAUGAAAAUAAGAUUGCCCUACGAUUUGAUAAAGUGUUUUGGCCAAAUGUGGAAUUUUUAGGUGUUGUUGCACCAAAUUCUUAUGCCUGUGGUUAUUUUCUCAAUCUUCACAAGGCAACAGGCCAUCCGGUUCUUGUCUACAUGGCUGCUGGAAGGUUUGCAUAUGACCUUGAGAAGCUGUCUAAUGAGUCUACUGUAGAUUUCGUGAUGUCACAACUAAAGAAAAUGUUUCCUGAUGCAACUGAGCCGGUUCAGUAUCUUGUAACUCGUUGGGGAACAGACCCAAACUCUCUUGGCUCAUACUCAUAUGACUUUGUUGGAAUGCCUGAAGAUGUAUAUGAGCGGCUUCGAGCACCCUUGGGUAAUCUUUUCUUUGGGGGGGAAGCAGUUAGUCUUGAAAACCAGGGAUCUGUACAUGGAGCUUACUCCGCCGGAGUUAUGGCUGCAGAAAACUGUCAGAAGCUUCUCUUAAAGAAACUUGGUGACAUAGAGAUGUUUCCAUUAGGCUCUAUUAGGGGUGAAAUUCUCAAAGAUUCAGUUCCCCUCCAGAUCUCAAGGAUGUAAAACAUCCACAAUCCACAUAUUUAAUAAAUGAUAGUAGGUUGUAUUUUUUUUUUUAAUGCUACAAGAAAACAGCUUUCUGUGGUGACAAAGGUUUUGCUUCCGAAAGAGGAAAAGAGAUAUGGGAGUAAAUUUCCAUAUAUGCAUGUUCAUUUCUUGUUUUUCUAGUUAUGAAAGAAAAAGACCUUUAUCCAGUAUUUGAGUAAUAUAAUGAUAAUCUGCCUUGGAAGUUUCUGAGA